GUCGAGAUGAGGAAAAGCGGAGAGCAUGCUUUUUCGCAAUGUUUCGUCGAGACGAUUUUUCGCGGAGUGCUCUGGACGAACAGCAUGUCAUAGCGAGUAAAAUGUUGGGCGGUGGCCAGCUCCGGGCCACUCAAGCAGGGCCGCGGGCUCGCCACGCGCAAAUCGGCAGGGGUCGAACGCGACUUCCCCGGCUCCAGGGCUUGGCUGCCUGGAACGUCGUCUAAACCUCGAGGCAGCUGAGCGGCCGUUCAAUCUCAGUCGAGCUUAGCGGCCCAGAGUCUCCGCCCUUACUACUUGUUUCUAUCAUUCGCAUCACUAUGCUGCCUGCCUAGACACUGGCAAUCCACGCGCCCGCAUUGACCCGUCAACAUCUCGACUCCACUGCUCUCCGUUGUUGUUCAAGAUGCCGGCGCAGACUGAGAAAAGUCAGCUCAAGCGAAAUCGCUAUUCCCAGGGCGAGGAAGCUGAGCCCAAGAGAACUCGCCACUCGCGCCUGUCGCCGCCUCCCAAUGGCCGUCUUAAGCAGGGACCGUUGCCUUCGCCCGUCACCCACAAAGAAUCCACUGGAGACGCCUCGGAAGGCUACCAAGAAGGCACACAGAGCCCCCCACCCGGCAAGUCAAGUCAGGCAAAGGGCGGGCUUAGUUCGCCCCCAUCCGACACCCAGCCCUUUUCGCAGUUCGUCUACCCACCCGAGAGCCGAACAUACGCUGUAGAAGAUGAGGAGGACGAAAAGGUCUGGGGCUACCUGGUGCCCAUGGAAGGCCAGGCCGAGGAUGUCCUUGUCUUGCGCAAGCGAGAGGCCUGUCCCGUACCUUCCGCGCUCGUUGGCAAGACUGAUGGCACAGAGCGCGUAAACAAGGAAGAGUACAAAGGUCAAGAGGAAAAAUACGAGAAUGAGAAGCAGGAGCGAGGUGUUCCGUCAGGUGGUUACCUUAUCGGUCGUCACCGAGAGUGCGAUCGAGUUCUCAACUCACCGACCGUCUCGAACCGUCACUGUCUGUUUUUCAUGGAGAAGAAGGGCGGCGAUACCAUUGCAGUUGUCGAAGACUUGUCUGGCAACGGCACAUUUGUCAACGAUACUUUCGUCGGACGGAACAAGCGACGCGAACUGCGCGAAGGCGAUGAAAUUGCCAUCUUGGACCAAGCCCGCUACGUCUUUAGGUACCCGUUGAAGCGCAACACCCACCGGUUCCGACAGCAAUACACUAUGCAAGAGCAAUUAGGCAAAGGACAUUUCGCUUCGGUAUACCUUGCCGCAGAAAAGUCGUCAGGCGUACGGUAUGCAGUGAAGAAGUUCGAGAAGCGCACUGGUCCUGGCGAGAAGUCAAAGGUCGAGGGUCUGCAGCAGGAAAUUGCCGUGCUCAUGAGUGUCAGCCACCCGGCGCUGCUCUGUCUGAAAGACACUUUCGAUGAAGACGACGGUGUCUACCUCGUUCUCGAGUUGGCCACUGAGGGCGAGCUUUUCAACUGGAUCGUUAUGAAACAAAAAUUGACCGAGGAGGAGGCGCGAAAGGUCUUCGUGCAACUGUUCCAAGCGCUUAAGUACCUGCAUGAGCGCAACAUCGUUCACAGAGACAUCAAGCCUGAGAACAUUCUGCUCACAGACAAGGAAUUGUCUAUCAAAUUGGCUGAUUUCGGUCUUGCCAAAAUCAUUGGCGAGGAAUCGUUUACGACUACCCUAUGUGGAACCCCAUCAUAUGUUGCGCCUGAGAUACUGGAAAACUCAAACCAUCGACGUUACACCAGGGCUGUCGAUGUCUGGUCAUUAGGAGUUGUAUUGUACAUCUGCCUGUGCGGCUUUCCUCCAUUCUCAGAUGAGCUGUACAGUCCAGAGAACCCAUAUACUCUCUCACAGCAGAUCAAGAUGGGCCGUUUCGAUUAUCCAUCGCCGUACUGGGACUCUGUCGGCGACCCUGCGCUGGAUCUUAUUGAUCGUAUGCUCACAGUCGAUGUUGAGCAGCGAAUAACGAUUGAUGAAUGCCUGGAGCACCCGUGGACUACGCAGGGCAGGAUCAGCGUCAACGACAGCACAGACGGUCUUACAGGCGCCAUCUCCAAGCUUGAUUUCUCCAAACGCAAGGUGCAGCGAGAGCGUACCAUGCUCAGCAGCAUCAACGACAUUAAGGUAUCUCGCGUUAUCAAAGGCGCUGAAGGCCAAGACCCAGUCAAGGUGUAUGAGAAGAACGGAGUUGAGAACGGCACAAAGAUGAACGGCAAGACUCACGGCGUUGCAGAGGUAAGACCUGCCGAUCAGCGAAAUCCCGAGGAGUUUGUCGAGAUGGGCGGCAAAGGCGAUCAGACGCUGUAUUCAGAAGAGGAUGACGGUUCCCGCUAUGCGACGGACCAGAGCCUUGCAUCUGCACAGAGCAAAGGAAAGAUCAACUAGGGCAGCAUUGGAAGAUGGUGUGAUAUUUCAUUCAAGCGGAGCGUCUGGCGUCUUGCGGAGUUUAGUUGUUAUGAUCAACAGGAGUUCUAUAGCAGUACAGGCGGACGUGUAAAAUAGUGGGUUAACGGCAAGCACACGUUUUGCGGUCUAGGUCUUUCCACCGAGCAUAGCGUAGUAAAGAGUAAAUUCUGCACCAUGACG